AAUUUUUCCAAAAAUGGGUUGCUGCUGUUCAUCCCCAAAACCCCUCACAACCGUAAAAAGCCUCCAUCUCCUCGAAUCAGCCUCCGAAGAGACUAAGAGAAUUUAUGAAGAGACUGAAGAGAAACAGGAAUCUGAGAGAAAUAUAGUUGAGGUCAGAGAAGGAGGAGGUGACGCUAAAGGUUUCGGCAUUGAUCAGUACUACAGAAUUAUCAAACUCGCUUUUAAAAGUGAUCUUAAUUCUAAAGGAAACUGGGAGAGAAUGUUCACUCUAGUUAGAAAUAAGAUUGAGCAAGACAAAAUUUUUAGAGGAUAUUUCACCUAUGACAAUAAACUAGAAACUUAUAAGGAAAUGAAGAAAAAAUGUGAAAAUUUUCAAACCAAUACAAUUAGUUCUAUUUUGUUGAAACUCGAGAUAACAAAUGAUCAUCCAAACAUUAAACAGAUCAGAUUAGGAUUAAGGAGGUUUUUAGAUGACAUGAUGAAGAAAUGAAUCAAGAAAGACUACACACCUGUAAACCUUUCAGACUUCCUCACUGCCAAAAUAGGGCUUGGAGAGUGCCCCAAGAAACUCAAGAAAGCUCUUGACUCCUCUAGCCUUCCAAUCAUAAGAAGAGAUUGCAUCAAAAUCCAAAAAGUCCCAACUUUCUCUAGCAAAGGUACUAAACCUGAGUCUAAACGCCCACCUAGCCCGGAAUUAUGGGAAAAAUUAAUGAAUAGUUGAAUGCAAGUAAAAGAUAGAUAAUUUUCAAUUUGAGAACCAA